CAAUUCAUCCUUCCUUCUUCCUCAUUUCUUAACCUCUCAAAAUUCUUGCUUUCUAUUUAAACAAACCAGAUUUAGUCAAUUUUAAGCCAACAAAAUCAAGAAGAAGAAACAAAGAAGAUAUAGGCAUGAUGGAGAACUCGGCAACUAUGAUCGCUCCUUUACUCCUUCGAAAUAUGGUAACUUCUGUAUUUCUUUAUGCCGACAAAUCCCUCUUGAACUUGGCAGAAAAAUACAAGCUCCUUGAAAUGAUUCGCUAUCUUGUUAUCAGUUCUUUUCUCUUCUUUCUACGCUUAUUUCCUUCUCUUUUCCCUUAUAAUUUACGCUCUCAACAAUCCCAUGAUUACACGUUUAAGCCCCCCCAAAAAGAUAGCUAUGUCGCUGCUUCUGGGGUUGGCGACACGGGAAUCGCUCGUGCUCUUUCACAGCUACUCUCUAGCGUCAAUGACAUUCCUGUUAGCUCUAGAAAGUAUGAAAUUGUUCGAUCUUUAGCGGAAAGACUUAUAGAAGAGAAUAGCAGGGAGAACAUCGAAGCUUUACGUGAAGUCAACCGUACAGUUUUGUCUGCGGCUUUUUCGAGGACUCUUUGCCAGCUUGAGGCCGCAAUGGUUGAAUUGGGGCAAGACGGGGUCGGUCAUGAUGGUGCGGGACCUGGACCCGUUCAGUAUCGGUUGAACAGGGUUUUACGAGCGGUUCGAUCAAUUGGGGAUGGGGUGUGGACUAGGGUCGUGAUGGGGAGGAAGGAUGUGAACCGAUCAGGGAAUUCGGCUGAGAAACUGGCUGCUGAGCUACUUUGGUUGGCGCAGAAAUUGGUUGCUUGCGGAUUUGAGGAAGAGGCUGUUGAGAUUUGGGCAUUAGCUUCAAAUUUGGCUUGGCUUUCUCUUUUGGCUGAGCCGCGUGUUCAAGCUUCCCUGGUUAAGGUUUCGGCAUUCUUAUUCAAACAAGCCAAGAAUGUGGGACUGGAAAUGGAAGAGACUGAAGAAGGCAACAAAGAGAGCUUCAGGCAAACAAAGAUGAAGAUGCUAACGUCAUGGUUGCCAUUGCUGUGCAGAGCUAGCAACGGCACUGAUGUGCCAGUGCUCAGCAUAAGUGAAAGAGUUGAGCUAGAGAAGGUAUUGGAAGAGACCAUAGAAAUGCUACAACAAGAGGAGCAAGAGCAAGUACUCUCCCUGUGGCUUCACCACUUCACAUAUUGCCCAUCCUCCGACUGGCCCAACCUCCAUACAUCGUACGCUCGCUGGUGUACCACUUCUCGUAAGCUCUUGUACCUCCUUUGAAGAUGUAAACUAGAAUAUCUUACGUAAAACAAGAAUAAGUCUAUUCAUUAUCAUGGUAUUAAAUAAGUUGUAUAUAUAGAUAUGAACCUGCUGAAUGGUUUAAUACAAUCUAUUCUUUUAAGUCAUGAUCCAAACAUACUCAUAAAGGAGAAAUCAGAAAAAUCUUGGCAAGUCCAUGCAGUCUCGAGAUCUAUUGCAGGAGAUUUCUUUUUACAAGUUAAGCAUAUCAUCAUUAUCUAAGAAUAGUUAAUAAAAAUACUAUGUAGUAUUUGACAAAGUUAUGCAUAGUAUAAUCUUUUUUGACAAACUAAGUUACGUAUGGUAUAAUCUUUUUAAUGCAUAAGUGGGCGCCUGGAAAAAAAACAAAAAUCCUGGAUCCCUCACAUGCAAUUUUUUGUAAGAUCCAAGGAAAUUACUACAGCAAAAACUGCUUUGAGUAGUGGUCAAUUUCUCUGAUGUUGAUAGCUGUUGGCUCCUGCAAAUCAAGAAUUCUUUUCAAACAUAACUCUUUUCUACUUAACAAAGAUAUUUAUUCAAAACUGUCAUAGUAUUUGUCAAUUUCGCUGUAGAAGAAUACCUUUGUUAUUGUUCCAAACAAAACUUUGUUAAUGAGAGUUGCAAUAGGACCAGUUAGGCGUAAACCAACUUUAACAACACGGAUUGCAUUGCGCAUCGCCUUAAGCAAAGCGGCCAUACGUCAAUCCUGGUAUUGGUUCCUCCAUUGAAGAUGUAAACAAGAAUAUCUUGUGUAAUACAAGAAUAAGUCUACUCAUCAUCAGGAUAUUAACUAAGUUGUAUACAUAGAUAUGAACCUGCUGAAUGGUGUAAUACAAGUAUAUUCUUUUAGUCAUGAUCCAAAUAUGUUCAUAAAGGAGAAAUCAGAAAAAUCUUGGUAAAUCCAUGCAGUCUCGAGAUCUAUUGCAAGAGAUUUCUUUUUACAAGUUAAACAUACCAUCAUUAUCUAAGAAUAGUUCAUAAAAACACUAAAAUAGCAUUUGACAAACUAAGUUACGUGUGGUAUAAUCUUUUUAAUAGUUCAUAAAAAUACCUAGUAUUUGACAAACUAAGUUACGUAUGGUAUAAUCUUUUUAAUGUAUAAGAGGGCACCUCGAAAAAAUAAAUCCUCGAUCCCUCACAGGAAAUUUUUUUGCAAGAUCCAAGGAAAUUACUACAGCAAAAACUGCUUUGAGAAGAUGUCAAUUUCUCUGAUGUUGAUAGCUGUUGGCUCCUGCAAAUCAAGAAUUCUUUUCAAACGAAACUCUCUUCUACUUAACAAAGAUAUUUAUUCAACUGCAUAGUGUUUAUCGAUUCUGGGUAUAGAAGAAUACCUGGGUUAUUGUUCCAAACAAAACUUUGUUAAUGAGAGUUUCAAUUGGACCAGUUAGGUGUAAACCAGCUAUAACAACACGAAUUGCAUUGCGCAUCUCAUUAGGCAAAGCGGCCAAACGUCAAUCCUGGUAUUGGUUUAAGUGAAAACCUACAAGAAAACUAUUGUGCCGAGAUCCAAGUUGAGAGCCAAAAUCCUAAAAUCGCAACAAAAAAAGAGAGAAUUUAAGGGUAAAAAUAGGAAGUGUUUUCUGCGUUUGCACUUUUAUACUUAAGUCAAUGAUCGGUUGUAGAAGAUCGAAAGGAAAAAGAAAAAUAAGAAAAGUAAAAGAA